GCUACAUCUAUGUACAUUAAAUUACAUAUAAAUAUUUAAGUUUGCACACAGAAAGAAGGCUCAGUGCAGCAUCAUAUCCUCGUACCAGAUCGAGGCAUAUUUGUAUAUAGUAGUGGCAUGAUGGGAAGAGGAAAGAUAGAGGUUAAGAGGAUCGAGAACAACACGAGCAGACAGGUCACGUUUUCCAAACGGCGAGCGGGGUUGUUCAAGAAAACGCAUGAGCUUUCUGUUCUUUGUGAUGCUCAGAUCGGCCUUAUCGUCUUCUCUAACAAGGGCAAACUCUUUAACUACUGCUCUCACCCUCUCAGCAUGGGACAAUUGGUAGAAAGGUACCUGAAAUGCACUGGAACUAAAAUCCCUGAUCAUGAUAACCGGGAGCAAAUGCAUGGUGAACUGACGCGAAUCAAGAAGGAAACUCUGAGCUUACAGUUGAGCCUUCAGCGCUACAAAGGAGAUAACUUGAGCUCGGUGCAGCUGGAGGAACUGGAUCACCUUGAACAGCAGAUUGAGCACUCCCUCAACAAAGUCCGCUCCAGAAAGUUUGAGCUAUUCCAUCAGCAGAUGGAAAAUCUGAAGAGGAAGGAAAAUCUUCUGGAGAGGGAAAACCAAGAGAUGCAUUACUGGUUGGUGAGUAAUCAAAUGGAGAGGCAAAUGCAGCAACAGGCUGCUGCAGAGAUGGAGCAUCAUGAUGAAGAGCAGCAGGCAAUGACAGAGCUGAAGCUACUGCAGGGACAAUCAUCAUCACAACUAGUGCUGGACCACUACUCAUUUUAUGCACCACCACCACCUCAUGAUCAUCCUGAUCCUGAUCAUGAUCAUCAACACCCUCCUCCUCCUCCUCCUCCACCCGGUGUGCUCCACUUUCCGGGACUCCUUCCACCGCCUCCUUUUCCUCCUCCGGCAACCACCUCUUACCCCUACCAGCUCCAGCCUACUCAGCCCAACCUUCAGAAAUCAGAACCUAGUCACUACAUAUAUGCAGAUUGAUACUUCAUUCGAUCCAUGAAGAGGACAUGGGCAGUACGGGAAGUGGAGAUCAAUAUAUUUAUUCUCGCAUUUUAUUCCGAACAAUUAGCACCACCGUUCACUUAGAUAUAUAUAUGACAAAAAUCUGCGUUUCAUUUGGAUACUUAAUUACCUUCGUGUAAUAUAUAUGAUUAUCGUGUGCUUAAGACUAAAAAUAUGAUUACUAGAAUCUGUCUUAAUGUUGCAUGUACCUGAUAUCGAGUGGCGGGAAAUUAGAAUUCCGAUCAAGGUAUAUUAUAAGAUAUCCUACUAAUAUUUCGAAA